CUCCCAUGUUGCCCCGAAUGAACUCGAGAGGCUCCCACUGCUGCCAGCUCUCUGACCCAUCCUCAGCAGCUAGUUUGACUGGCAGCUGCCAGGCCAGCCCUCCUCUCUGCAGCACGGCUCCAAAAUAAAACCUCUGCAGCCGGCCGCCGGCCACCUUCGGGCUCAGCUCGCCUCAGGGAGAACCCACCGGGCCACACGUUCCUUUCAACGCCACAGGAUCGGGGGCGCUUUCCAUGAAAGGAGAAGUUCUCAUUUCUUGAUGUCCUUCUCAACUUUGGACUCUCAGAAAGAGAGAGAGAACAUCACAGGGGGGCUUUUCCACUCCACCCCAAACGACCCUCUAGUCACUGGGCUGAGUCCCCCCUCCUGCCCCUCAAAUUCUGCCAACUGCUUCUCAAGCCCAACCGUUCCAGAUCCCCACAGGGACAAUUCCUGUGGAAGUGACCCUCCAACAUGGGCGUGAAAGCAGCAUUGCCUUCUUACGAGCUGGUGCUCUAUGCACUGGUCGUGUCGUGUGCCAUUGCUUACAGCGGGCAGGAAAUCUUUGAAACGUCUCAAGAGAGCAUGAACCGAAAGGCCUUCCGUGAAAACAUAAAACCCGGAUGGCAUUACUUCGGCAGGAAAAUGGAUGCGGCUGACUUUGAGUGGGCCAUGUGGUUUACAUCUUUUAGGAACUUCAUCAUCUUUGCCCUUUCUGGCCACGUCCUCUUUGCCAAGAUCUGCUCCAUGACAGCACCCCAGCACAGGUCUGCGAUGUACAUGGCGUACGGGAUGGGGACUGUGUUGGUCACCAUGGGAAGCACUUACUUGCUGAUCAUCUUGUCCCACUGCCUGGCAAUGUACACAAUCGCGCUGACUAAACAGAAAUGGCUCUGCUUCCUCGCUGGCCUGUGCAGCCUGGCUUCAUUCAAAGUGGAGCCCUUCAGCACCUGGCAGAAUGGGUUUGUAACAGGAACUUUUGAUCUUCAAGAUGUUCUCUUUUACGGAGGAGCCGGCUUCAGCGUCAUGCGUGCCAUGAGUUUCGCCCUGGAGAACUGUGAGCGGAAAGAAGGGAACUUUUCUGUCUUCGCCCUGCUGAAAUACAACUUCUACCUCCCCUUCUUCUUCUUCGGACCCGUCAUGACCUUUGACCGAUUCCAUGACCAGGUACACAUCAGUGAGCUGCGGCGGAAAGAUUAUGAGAUGUGGCACAUCCACGUCCAUGCUCUCAUCCAUCUUGUGGCCAUUGUGGUUGUGGACAUCUUUUUCCAUUUCUUCUACAUCCUCACCCUCCCUUCGGACAUGAAGUUUGUGAGCCACCUCUCCGACUGGGCAUUAGCUGGCCUGGCAUACUCCAACCUGGUGUACGACUGGGUAAAAGCUGCCGUGAUGUUUGGGGUCAUCAACACCAUUGCCAGGCUGGAUCACCUGGACCCGCCUCAGCCCCCCAAGUGUAUCACCAUGCUCUACGUUUUUGCGGAAACGCACUUUGACAGAGGGAUUAAUGAUUGGCUUUGCAAGUACGUCUACGAUUAUCUUGGAGGAAACCACGACCACAUUUUGAAGGAGCUGGUGGCCACCGUCUCCACGUUCGUCGUCACCACCCUCUGGCUGGGCCCUAGUGAGAUCGUUUACAUCUGGUCCAUCUGCAACUGCUUCGGCCUCAAUUUCGAGUUGUGGGUGCAGCUGUUCUUUCAGCUGAAGCCCUUCGCCAACAUUGAGGCAACGAUGUCAGAGGCCAUGUCUCGACGGAUCAGAGGCUUCUUUGGGGCAGCAAAUUUCUGGGCCAUCGUCCUGUACAACAUCCUCGCCCUCAACAGUCUGGAUUUUGCUCUUCUGGUUGCCGAGAGAAUUCUCCUGACAGGUUUCCCCCUCAGCACCAUCUCCAUCUGGUUCAUCACUUACUGCGGGGUGCAGCUGAUCAAGGAGAGGGAACGCAUGCUGGCCAUACAAGAAGAGGAGAAGCGAGACAAGGAAAAGGCAGAGUAAAGGAGAACCCGCUUUCCAAAGGGGCGCCCGCCCUGCCCUGCCCCACGGCCACCCAUCCCCACAAAGCCAGAGAACCCAACCUCUCCGCCUUGAGCCCCAUAGGCUGCCGGCCGAGAAGCCACGCCGUAGCCGUGUAUAAAUUCCCUUGUACAAGACGAUCCUUUUCCAGUUGAAA